GAUUUUUACAGCAAGGUCUAUGAGGAGGUUAAAACUUUUGUGCCUUGUAGAGAAAACUGUCUAUUGGGAUUCUUAUUUAGGUGUGGACUGGACUAGAUGGCUUCUGAAAUCCUGUGAUUCAUCCAUUUCCUGAGAGACACUGUUGGACAGAACAAAAUGGACGAGGCAACCACCUCACCAUUCUACUAUGAUUUUAAAGCUCCCUGCCAGAAACUUGAUGUGAAGCAGACAGCAUCAUGGCUCCUCCCCCCUCUCUACUCCCUGGUGUUCAUUUUUGGCUUUGUGGGUAAUGCGCUAGUUUUUCUCACCUUGAUAAGAUGUAAAAAGCUGAAAAGCAUGACAGACAUCUAUCUGCUCAAUCUGGCCAUCUCUGAUUUACUUUUCAUCCUCACUCUCCCCUUCUGGGCUCACUACGCUGCAGACCAGUGGAUCUUUGGCGAUGUCCUAUGUAAAGUGCUGACAGGAUUCUAUCACAUGGGUUUCUUUGGAGGAGUCUUCUUCAUCAUCCUCCUGACCAUUGAUCGGUACCUGGCCAUUGUCCAUGCCGUGUUUGCUCUGAAAGCUAGGACUGUCACCUUUGGCAUUUUGACAAGUGUCAUCACCUGGGUGGUGGCUGGCUUUGCGUCUCUCCCAGCAAUCAUCUUCACCAAAUCUCAAAAGGAAGGGAUGCAACACACCUGCAGCCCUCAUUUCCCAUCAGAUCAGUCCACUGUCUGGAAGAACUUCCAAACUUUAAAGAUGAAUAUUUUGGGGUUAGUGUUACCCCUCUUUAUUAUGAUCAUUUGCUACUCAGGAAUCAUAAAAACAUUGCUGAGGUGUCGGAAUGAGAAGAAGAAACACAAGGCAGUGAGAUUAAUCUUUGUGAUUAUGAUCAUUUACUUUCUCUUCUGGGCUCCCUAUAACAUCGUGCUUCUCUUGAAUACAUUCCAAGUUUUCUUUGGUCUAGAUAAUUGUGACAGCUCCAACAGGCUGGACCGAGCCAUGCAAUUGACAGAGACACUUGGAAUGACUCACUGCUGUAUCAACCCAGUGAUCUAUGCCUUUGUUGGGGAAAAGUUUAGGAGAUACCUCUCUACCUUCUUCCGCAAAUACAUUGUCCGGCGUUUCUGCAAACACUGCCCCAUUUUCCAUGGGGAGACGCUUGACCGAGUGAGCUCAACAUACACUCCAUCUACUGGGGAGCAAGAAGUCUCUGCUGGUUUGUAAAAAGGAUUCUUUCCUUUUCAUUAAAAAAAAUGGGCUUGGUUGGGGAGGUGGGGGCGGUGUCCUACAAGUCUUGAAAGGAACUGAAAAUCUUUGAGAUUCAAGAACAGAGAUCCCUAAAAGGAAAGGAAAUACAAGAAUAUUCAGACUCCAGGUACAGACCUGAACUUAAUAUUUCCACUUCUCAACAAAUACAUUAUCCGAUAGCACCAGAAGACUCCUUGAGUAUCAAGUGACUUCUCCUGAGUUACAAAAGAAUGGCCUGUAUCCUUGUGUGUCUCUCCUAUUUAGUCUAAUCAACCAUCAACCCUACUUCCACAUACAUACAUACAUAUAUGGAUGUGUAGAUGUAUAUAUGUGUAUAUACAUACAGAGAGAGAGAGAGAGAGAGAGAGAUGGAUAGAUAGAUAAAGUAGCUGAGUUAAACAUUGUCUAUCUUAGCAUGUUAUCAGAAAUGUGCUAGAAGCUGGAUCAUUAGGGUUGGGGCAAGUUCACCAGACAUUCAAGUUUAUGGAUUCUUUUAUAUCAUGGAUGAUAUGUUAUGAGAUAUGCAUACAUGGCUUUUGUGCUUAAAAUGAAAUGUAAGACUGAAACCAAAACUUUUUGGAAUGUUAUCAUUUUAUGAAAUAGGAAAAAAAUAUAUAUAUAGUCUAUCAAUAAGCAUUUAUUAUGCACCUUCUGUAUACUAGCUACUAGGGAUGCAGACAUACAAGUGAAAUCAUCCUUGUCUCCUUGCUCUAAUGGAGUUUCCAUUCUAUUCUUUUUUUUAAAAUGAGGAUAAAACAGCAUAGAAAUGGUACACAGUAGACUGGUGAGGAGCAGAAUAACAAGGGCCUAGGCCAAGAUACACCUAGUUGGAUGAGAAGAAGAGUGGCUGAUGGCUUAAAAGUUCAGUGUAGAAAUGGUCACAGGUCACAGGCAGGCUGUGGUCACUGUCACAGACUGAGAGCUAGAGCCUUAGAACCUCUAGUCCAAACCCCCCAUUUCCCAGCUGAAGAUAAUGAGGUCCAGAGAGGUGAAGGGGCACCCUCUUAAACCCUAAAGACUGACAAUACCUAGAGUAAGUUGGAUAAUUCAGCUUCCCAGAUUCAAUGUAUUGGCCUAUUUGUGUUGUUUGCCUCCUUCGUAUAAGAAUGUAGACAAUGUCCUGGAUAUGGAGCCUCCAGCUUUGUCCCUUGGUGUGAUUAUUAAAUGGUAAUGCUUUUUUCCCUAAAGCAUCCUCAGGAUGUAACUUAGAAACUAGGUCAGCUCAGAUGGCCAAAGCUGAUGUUAUUGUUAGUGUCACUCAAAAGAUGGAUUCUCCAAUUUGCUUCCUAGAACUGCAUUUUUUUAUCCAGAUACGACUUUAUUUAGAAAACGAAAUCUUCCUCACGACAUUUUCUGCUGUUCUAAAGGGGUACAACUGGCCUCAGGUUGGACCUGGCAACACAAGACCUUAAGGAUGCACUUAUACAGCAUGUCCCAAAAAUCUUAGUGCAGCUGUAUAUUGCUUUAAAAGUAAUUUUACCUAAAAUAUAGGGUUAUAAAGCAUCUUAUUAUCUAGAGGUCAUCCAAACUAACCCGUUCAUCUUGUAGACAUGAGAACUGAGGCCAUUCAUUAUAGCAUUUUAGGUUUUACAAAGGACUCCACACAUGUUAUCUCAUUAAAGCCCCAUUUAAAAAAAAAACUCAUGAGGUAGGAGCUGCAAGAAUUAUCCCCAUCUUCCAGAUGAGGUCAAGUGCUUUGCCUAUGGUCACACGGUUACCUAGUGUAAAGGCCGGGGUCACAGAGCAAGAAUUCAAAUCUGUAUUCUGUCUUUAUCUCAUCUGAUUCCAUCAACAACCCUAGCAGUCCAAGGACCAUUCGUGUUUUGCAGAAGAGGAAACCAAGGCAUAGUGAGGGUAAGGACUUGCCCAAGGUCACUGGAACUAGAACCCAGCCCCGGUCCCUGCCUCCUAUUGGAACUUGUUUUCUACUACACCAGGAUGCCUUCCCACAUCAGCAGCCUGGGAAACGACUGUCUCCCACAAGUUAAUUAACCAGAAGGCAAUUUAAAGCCAGAAUCCAUGCCAGAAGCAUCUAAGUGGAAGGACAUGAAAUAAGUGGAAGGACAGGAAACAAGAUAAUCUAAAAAAGUGUGUUUGGAAGGUAAAGUUUAAUAAAGGAACCUGGCCAAGGAACAUUAUUUUUUUCCCCCUACAGAUUAAGUAUCACUUAAGGGCAAGUAAAUAAUGUCGAUCUCUUCUACUUUGUCAAAAGAAUAACAAGCUACAAUUUGUAGAGCUCUUUAAGGUUGACAAAUAUUUCAUUUGAUCCUCACCACAACUCUCAAAUGU